AUGGCCCCAUUGAGUCCACUGGCUCCAACACUGAUCCCAUUUUUGGACCGAUACCUGCCCCCAACAACAAAAGUUAACUCCGAAACUGGUCUAAAUACUAAAUUACCGUUCGUCACCUUGACUUAUGCACAGUCUCUUGAUUCAAGAAUAAGCAAGGCUCCAGGGGUUCAAACUGUUAUUUCUCACCUGGAGACAAAGACAAUGACACACUAUAUCAGGUCAAAACAUGAUGCUAUCUUGAUUGGAAUAGGAACAUUUUUGGCAGACGAUCCGGGUUUAAACUGUCGUUUCCAAUCUCCGAUGGAGCAAAAAGUCCAUCUAAUACGUCCAGUGAUAAUCGACCCGACGUUUCAACUUGGAGCCAAGUACGAAACGUCAAGACUGAGAAAAACGGCCGAGGAGGGACUUGGUUUGCCACCAAUUGUAGUUGUGGACAGCCUAGUCUUGAAUCAAAACCCCCAAAUCAACACAUUUUGCCAAAAACAUAGGAUCAUUCUGAUUGAUCUGGACAGGAAUUCUGAAGCAAGGUUUGUCUGGGAAGACGUAUUUGCCGAAUUGGGUCGCCAAACUUUAAACUCAGUUAUGGUAGAGGGAGGUGCCUCUAUUAUAGAAAGUCUACUGUCUUGUGCUACCUCAAACGAGGACACUCAUUUGAUAAACUCUUUGAUUAUUACAAUCGGUCCUGUUUUUCUUGGCAAGUCGGGUGUGGAGGUUUCACCGAUGAACGAGCUCAGACUAUCUGAAGUUAAUUGGUGGAAAGGUAUUCGAGAUAGCGUCGUUUGUGCCAGAUUGAACAAACAGGACCAUCGGAGUUAA